AUGGAGCCCAGGCAAGAUAGGACGCUGUGGGGCCAUGAGCAGAGAAGGGUCAUGGGUGACCUGGCAUGUAACAGGGCCACUGUGACUGCGCUGCGGAGAUUACACUGCAGGGAGCCAAGGUCGGCCAGGCAGGCGGCGAGGGUUGAGCCAUCGUGGAUGUGGCGAUCAUACGGCGUGGACUUGAGAACUGGUCAGACAUCAGAGAUCGGCAUUUUGAAGGCGGAGCACUUGGGGCUGCGGUGGAGUAGGUGCAGUGUGAGGGAGCAGGGACUCAAGGACACUGUACUCCUUGGUCUGAGUGCCCGGUACGAGGGCAUUUUCUGGCCCCGAGAUGGCAGCGGCCGGGCUGUGCGGGUGUGCAGGCUGAUUGAGAGGCUGGUCGUGAACUUGUGGAGUGGCCGCAAAGGGUGCCGGUACAGGCCUGGGGCCUUGGGGAAGGAGGCCCUGGAGGCGUAG